GCAUCUCCCUCUUCUCUCUUUCUGCACCCCCCUUCUUUGUAUUUCUGCACCUCCCUUUACUUCUGAAUCUACCUCUUCUCUUUUCUGCAUUUCCUCCUCUCUUUUGGCAUCUCCCUCUUCUGUAUUUCUGCAUUCCCUCUUCUCUCUCUUUUUGCACCCCCCUUUUCUGUCUUUCUUUUUCUCCCUCUUUGCUCUUUCUGUGCAUCUUUUUCUCUGUCAGCAAUUCCCUCUUAACUCUUUUUCCACAUCUCUGUCAUCUGUCUUUCUGUCCUUCUUUUUCUAUUUCUCAUCUCUUUUCGAACCCUUGCCCUCUAUAGAUUGAUCAAUUGAAAUCAGACAUUCCUGUAUAGCACAAUAGACUUUUUGACACAUUUUUGCACUCCUUUAUGACCCACUGAAAAUCAUUCUGUGACCCACUUUUGGGACCAGACCCACUAUUUGAGAACUACUGGUGUGGACACAGUAACUGAUGGUGACUGACAAGAUUCAAGCUGAAUGCAAAUUCACAGAGAUCUUUAUGUAUGCUAAACUCCUGUGGUUCAAAGGAUUGUAGCUAUUCUGAUAGUUUGAAUGCAUGGCUACCUCCACCCUCCCAGCAACCAAUCAAAAAGCAGACUGCCACAAGCAUGUGGGAACAUACAUGCUCCAGAAAACACCAGAACACUUGGCAUGCAAAUUUGCAGAAAGUAGCAAACAUUGCCUCCUCACUGUGUCACACUGUCACGACUCAGCAAAGAGUGAAGGGUUGUUUAUAAAAGAUGAGAACGGAGGACUUUUAAAAGAGCGUGGAAACCACUUCUUCUCAGAAUUUGGUUCAUUUAAGUGUAAGAGGCUUUCAGCAGGAGGCUGAAUUCAGACUUGAACAAUGGCCUUUCAUAUUGAAGAGAGUGAAUGGAGCUCAGACGCGGGGCUCUGUGGGCUCAAAUUAGUGUGUGAAGUUGAAAGCAUCCCACCCCCACAACACAUUUCAGACUUAGUAUGUUGGCAAUAAUACAAAGAUGCUGCGUCCGUUUGGUAUUGUACAUAGCAAAGGUGUAUCCAGUACUUUUCCAGACUGUUCCAAAGUAUGUCAAACUGGUUGUGGUUCAGUUUUCUGCAGGUCUUUAACUGUUCGACUCUGUUCAGGGAUUAAGCAGCUGCACAGCCAGAGGGGAGGGGCUCAGCAUUCCAACCCUGCACCUCUGUGUCUGUGUACAUGUGUAGAGAGAGUGAGGGGCCCUCUGAGCUAAUUGGCAGGGAGGUUGACAAAGGUGGUCCGCUUCAAAAAAAAGAAACCAUGGUGAGAUGUUCACACAGGAGAGGAGGAGGAGGCAGAGUAAGGGGGUAGACAGGCUUUCAGAGUUUCAGUUUAUUCUCUGAGAUGUUCUCAUCCUGAGCAGGGAUGGUGGAUGUGACUGCUGAUUUCUGCUGUGCUGUUUUGCUGAGAAAAGUGGACUCGAUGAGGCAGCUGUGGAGAUAAACACUGGCUGAGGAUGAAUAAAGUAAAAGUGGAGGAGAGCAUCAUGUCCUAUCUGUCGCAGAGUGAGAAUGAAAGCAGCCAUAAAGACUGUAAGUACUUAAGAAACUAUGAAAAAAUAUGUUUUCCGACAGAAUAUAAAUGUGCUCCCUGUGGACCUACAGUAGUGAUGAUACACUGAAAUAAUAUAAAAACAGGCAAGCAUUUCUGUCAGUUACUUCCUCUAUGAUAUUCCUGGAGUUGUGGCUGUCAGGUAAUCUGUGCUGCAGACAUGGUUUGACACAUAUUGAAGUACUCAGGAAACAUUCUGACCUAAUUCAGGGUCAGAAAGAGCUCAAAGGGUUUACAGAAUGCUGAUUAGUGUAUUUAAUGGGGAGUCUCUUCCAGGUUCUUAUUCGACUUAAAUAAGCAGUCUGGAAAUGCUGAUUAACAGACAUUCAGCUUUCAUAUUUAGGUCUAGCACUUACACUCUCUGUCCUCAUUUUGACACGUGUUCCUCUCAUACAUGUGUAGUGAAUGUCGUAGCCAUGCUGCAUAACUUCUGGGAGCGGAGGCAGGUAAGUCAGUCAAGUGGCUCUUCCACUGAGUCAGAUGGGUCUGUUGGAGAUGCAGCCAUCCAUACAGAGAGUCUGCUGCUGUAUGAGUCUGCACCAUCCCCUGCUCCACCGUAUGUCUGCUACGUCACCCUGCCUGGAGGAAGCUGCUUUGGCAACUAUAAGGUGUGUAGCAGUCAAGCUGAGGCUCGGAGGGAUGCAGCCCGUGUUGCUCUGAUGAACUCGUUGGUGAAUGAGCUGCCAUGUCGACGCAUCACCUCCCAGUUUAUCACGCAGAGUUUACAGCAGGCGGCCAUGGACAGCGCUGUCUCUAUUGAAGAUGCAUGUGAUUCAGGCACCAGUAUAGGAACUUACAGUUUGCUGCUCCACGCCUACAUAGGACGGACCAUGCUGGAGUUCCAGGAGAUGAUGACCAUUUUCCAGUUACUGCACUGGAACGGGACACUAAAGGCCCUGAGGGAACGACAGUGCUCUCGACAGAGUGUAAUUGCUUAUUACUCUCAGAGAGGGCUUGAUGAGUACAUGCGCAGUAGUUUGGCUCUGGAUUGGCUUGGACGGGAGCAGAAGUCACCUGGGCGACUCAGGGAGGAGCUGAAGGUGGCUCAGAGAGAGCUGGUGUUGUCCCGGCGGCGAGGCAUUGAGCUGCGCUUCUACAAGGAGAAGACAGAGAUCCUCAUUUUGGCAAUGAGUCAGGCUUACAUUCCCCGCACACCUGAGGACUUCGGUCAGGUGCAGAGUAACACAUACCAGCAAGAACAGCUUCCUUUACACACAUUAUACAGCCAGGGCGAAGACUAUCAGAUAACCCCAUCCUGCAGUCCUACACAGACUCUCCACAAAAACACAAAACAAUUUGACUAUCAAACCUCUGGCACAAACACACCUCAUGACAGUCCUUCACCAUGCUCACAGCAGACUUUUGUUCCUAUAGAUAACUUUGAAUAGACUGAAGCAGAAGGUGAACGAAAAACAUUGAAGUUUGACUAUAAAGGAGUAACUUACAAAAGUCUAUCUGGGUGAACAGAGAUUUAGCAUGGCCACGGUUUUAGGAGCUUUGAAAUCAUGAGGCGAAUCAAUGUCAUGUUCAGUUUUGUACUUAAUUUUUUCACCUUACUAACAACCUUUUGUUACUGUUGGACUAAGACUGUAUUAGCACCUGUAACCACAAGCAAGAAGCAUUCAAAGAAUAGAAAUAUAUCACAAGGAAAUAUAAUCAUAAUAUAGAUGUGUCAUUUUAGCUGCCUUACCUCUUAUAUAUGUCCAUUUAUGUUGGUAUGAUGCACAUGUUCACCUGUAAAUAAUUAAGCAAAUGAAUUACAUCUACUAGUACAGCUUCUUAAUUCCUAACAUUUCCCUUCUCCAUCUCUGCUUUGCAUGCCCAUUUUCAUAAUAUGAACAACUUGGCAGGGACAUUCAGAAAGCUGACUGACCAUGUGACAUGUCGGAUGACUUGGUGUGACAUGUUUGUGACAAGCAGUUAUUUGGCACAGACAGCAGCUUUGUAUCAAUGAAAUAAAUAUUAUGUUACAGGAUGUCUAAUCAGGUCAGCUGCCGACAUUAUGAAGAACAAGCCCGUACUUUGUGUAUAAUGAUCCGGUUCCUACAGACUUAGAGCAUUUCAUUCUCUUUGUUGUGGUUGGGUGGUGGUGGUAGAGGAUGCAUUUAA